GGAAAAUGAUUCAGUUGUUCGGUGCAUUUCCACCAGUUGACAUCGCACAGCGGAAACCGGAGCUAUCUAUCAAAGGUUCGGGAUUACUUGCCUGCCUGUUCUUGGGCCGGUGGCUCAAUUUGGUGUUCUCAGUUGGUGUAGUGGACUGAUUUUUGGGAACGGCGUUUGAAUUGUUGUGCAGUCGGUGUUUUGUGGCGGUGUAGGCCUGUGGCCUCGAUUAAAGUGAUCUUACAUGGUGAAGUGGAAAAUUAUCGUGAACCAAAGUGACUGCUCGCGUCAUCAGUGAAAAUGAAACUCAACAGCGGCAUCGCGUUACCACCACCGGGCCAGCGACGGCUCAUCCGGGGCAGUAGUGUCCCCGGAUUGAGUCGGAUGUCGCUGCUGCUUGGGUUAGGCAUUGCCAUGGUGGCUGCCGGUGCUGUUCCGGCGUCGGUCCUCUCCAAUGCCAAGGAAGCAAACGCCCACGAUGGUGGUUCGGAUGUGGUACAGCCUCGCCAGCCGUUGCAGUCCCGGAGCAGUGCCAUGUCUAAUCCCAGUGAGGUCAAAAAUCAAAUAUCCGCUCCUCAGAAGCGUGGAGUGAAUCCGUUGCUGUACAACGAUUUCGACUAUGCGGGCGUUUCCAUUCCCCAUGGGGGCAUCUGGGAUGGCUUGGGCGCGGUGCCAUCGCCGAAUUCGGCCUUUGCCCGGGCACCCCUCACCACCACAGCACUUUUCCCCGAUGAAUUUCCCGACAUCCGGGUGAGGAAUGACGAACUCUUGGCGACUUUACUCGGUCCUCCCCCACCAAUCGCGAAGACCUUCUAUGGCGACCCGGUUUCCCCGUCCGUCAGCUAUCCUUACGUGUUCGGUCAGCACGCUUACGGCGACAGGAGCAAACGUUUGGUCAGUAACUCAAUUGAACGGAGCCCGUUGCAGACGCUGAGACUAAAACGAAAUGCAUCCAAACUAACGGCGGCCGAUGCUCUCUCGUUGCUGUCGCUGCUGAACUCCCGUGAUCCGUAUCCCUCGAUGUCAGACUAUUUCCCGCUCGUGCCUGCCAACGGCCCGAACGAUGUUCUACCGUACUCGCCCAACUCGGUCUACCAGGAUGUGCCCCUCUCGUUGGCAUUGGCCCAACUUGGUGGCGCACCCAGAAAUACCGCACGACUGGCACCCUACAGCGAUGACGAGGGCGAGUGGUUGAACACGUGGACCGAGCCCGCCGUCGACUAUCUGGGCUUCCCGGUGGACGUUGACACACUUUCUCGGCUGGAAAAAAAUCUCGACGCUAAACCGACUAAGAAUGGGUUCGCUCACCAGAAACGAUUCAUGAUAACAAAGAAAAAACGCAGCGUGAACUUGAAUGGCAAUGACGACUGCAAGAACGAUAGUAGGGCAGCCUGCCUGUUGCGCAAAUACACACAACUAGCAGCUACUAAAGUAGCCCCAGCCUAGACGGAAACUGGACCCAUUGGCAUCAUUCACCCCGGACACUAGUCACUGAGUGUGAAAAUAUACGCAAAAAAGCAAAUAUAUAAAUAUCUACGAACAACUGCAGUCUUUGAUUAACCAGAAUAAGGGUAGUACGGCUCUGCAAUCACAUAUUGUCAAAGUCCGGUAACCCCCUACACUGCUGCCUCAGACUGUGGUACAGGAUGGAAUUAACGGCAACCAGCAUCGCAUCAACGGAAACUGGAUUAUGAAUUUAUCAAUAUCAUUAUUAUUGUGAAGAUACGGAUAGCGACAAAUGUUUCCUCGUAUUUUCGUUCGAAAUAUCCAUAAACAUACAUACAUUGGGAUUGGAAUUACAUAGAAUUGAACAAAUAAAAAUGUAAUCAACACAUAUUAUAUACAUAUUUAAACUCAUUCGAAUAAAAAUUUAAAUACUGUCCCGUUUGGAUGUUGUUCAAAAUUAUUAAAUGUAUCAUAAAGGAUAUCGUAUGGCUACCAUUGCAAAUGAAAACAAAUAUCAGACAUUUUAUGACAUGAAACAGCAUGUAUAUUCAGAGUUCUAUUAAAUGACAUUAUAAUUACUCAAUUUAGCAAUUAUGUAUAACAUCACAAUGACAAAAUGCGAUAAGAUUGCGGUUCAGAGGUAAAAAAUAAUUAUUAGAUAAAUCAAAUACCCACAGGCAAGUAAGCUAGUAAAUAUUCAUCGUAUAAUGAUGCUGAUCGUUCAAAAUCCACAAUAAACAUUUAUUACCCAAAUGAUGUCAUCCUGCACAUCAGAGGCACUAGAACAACAUAAUUGAAUCGUGAUUAUUUUUACAUUCGAAUCGAACAGAAUUUUACUUUUAAGUUACCCUCCGAUGCCAUUAUGCCACGUAAUCGCUGUUUCAUCGAACACCAUCUGGGAAGCAGAUCGAUGCACUUAAUCACGAGAGUUUCAAAUAAAACGCCCUUGGUUGGAAAACAA